AUGGAGUUCUGGGUGUCGCAGAAAUGUGAGCUGCGUGUCAGUUUCGCGAUUGCAGGGUCCAACAAGAUGCGAAGCUCUCCAACGAUCAUCCUUCUGUGCGCCCAACCUGGCUCCUCGGAAUCCGGAUCAGUAGAGUCGCAAGGCCAAGCACCAAGGUCAGCCAUGUCGCAUAGCACAAGGAACACGUCUCUGGCCUUCUUCACGGCCCACGAGCGCAACGAGCUAAAAGGCCACUGGGGCCCCAAGGCCACACGACUGACCCGAGACAGCUUCCUGCCGUUCGGAAGCUGCCAAUUGUGUCUUCUACCAGCACGUGAGCCAGUCUCAUGUCCCAGCCAUGGACACCUGUUCUGCCGCGAGUGCGCGGUCAGCAACUUGCUUGCGCAGAACAAGGAGUUGAAGAGAUUGAGGAAAGAGGCGGAGCGAAGGAAGCUGGAAGACGCCGACGAGGCGGACAUCGAGAAUGCCGAGGCGCAGGCGAGAGCUGUCGAGGAGUUCGAGAGGGUCCAGGCUGGACUGAGUGUGAGGUCUGGGGGAAACGCGAACGAGAGAAUCAUUCGUCGCAAGAACGGCAAGAUCGAGAUCGAGCAGGAGGUGGAUGAAGCAGGCAGGAAGGGCGUCAAGCGGAAGCUCGAGAUCGAUGAGCAUGAACUAGUGCGGCUGGCCAACGACGAACGCGACAAGGUCAAGAAGCGCAGGAACGACGAAAGGAACGCGAAGAGCGAGCUGCCCUCCUUCUGGGUACCCGGCGAGAUCCCUGACCACCAGAACUGCGCCCUCAAAGCCAUCAAGCAGCAUCCGACAUGUCCUGCCGCCGCGGCUGAUGCAGCGCACGACUUUACUCUGAAGACCCUCGUCACCGUCAAUUUCAACCAAGAUCCCUCGAGCACCCCCGACACCCCAUCGCGAUCCUGCCCUAGCUGCACGAAAGCUCUGUCGAACUCGACGAAAGCCGUAGUUGCAAAGCCUUGCGGCCAUGUUCUAUGCAAACCUUGCGGUGACAAGUUCUUGAACCCACCGGAGAAGUCGGCGCAUGAGAAAGAGCAUGACGAGACUGUGAGAUGCUAUGUUUGUCACGAGGACGUGACGCCUGGGAGGAAGAGCAAAAAGAAGAAGGACGCGGAGACUGGCGAGAAGGAGAGUAAGGUGGAGAGAGGCUUGGUGCAGCUCAGCUGUGAGGGAACAGGCUUCGCGGGUGGUGGUUCGAAUAUGGUGAAGAAGGAGCGUGUGGCGUUCCAGUGCUAG